AGAAGCGUGGCAGCUCACCCAAGAAAUAUUUAAUGAUCUUCGUCAAAACAGACAUCGCAGUCAUCCAAAGAGCAAAAAAAUCCCCCCAUGGGUCGAUUGGGUGGAACGCAUGGUGCUAGGCUACGAGGCGCACGGCCAGCACGAGGAAGCAUGGAAGCUUACCCAAGAAGCACUUAACGCUCUUCAUGAAAAAAAAAGGAUCCACGAUCCGGAUUACAUUACCUCAUGGGUCGAACGCAUGGUGCAGGGCUGUGAAGCACGCGGCCAAUAUGAAGAAGCAUGGUGGCUCAUCAAAGAAACAUUUAGCGCCCUUCGUCAAAAGGGAGUCUAUCUAUAUGACCCGAAAAUCGUCCCAUGGAUCGAGCGCAUGGUGCAGGGCUAUGAAGCACACGGCCAGCAUGAACAAGCAUGGGAGCUUAUCCAAGAAGCGUUUAACGCUCAUAGUCAAACAAGAAAUAUCUGCCAUGACCCCAGAAUCGCCGCCUUAUGGGUCGAACGCAUGGUGCCAUCCAAUGAGGCAUUGCAGCUCACUCAGAAGUUAUAUAAUGCAUAUGGUGGAGAGGAAGCUUCACUCAGCAGUCUUGGUAUUGACGUUUUCUCUGAAUUAUUCGACGGAGCGUCUGUGACAGAUUCGACCCUCUUGAACAUGAUUCCACGGCAAAAAAGAUUGGAGCUGCUUGCCUCUGCUAAAAUUUCUCCAAUUUGUCGGCUUAUAGUCUCGAGGAGUCUCCGAUAUACUCAAAGCGAGUGUAAAUUAGUUAUUUUGGAGAAAGACGGCGAAAGGCUUGAAAUCCACCAAGAUGUUCUGUGUUUUUGGUCAGGCUACUUUAAAGCUGCUUUGUCUGGCCGAUGGAGAGUUCAGGAUGUUUACAACUGGGACCUGAACAAUAUGUUUACUAUCACUUCUCUCAGGAAAGUCUUCGAAGGUUCCCUAUACACAGGAAGAAGCUAUAAGCGCGGGUCUAAUGAGGAGUACGAGAUGGAGAAAAGAAUCGCAGAUUACUUUGAUAUUAAAGGAUUAGUGCUUUAAUUUUAGAAUAGUAAGAGACGUGAUAUCUGCUUGAG